GGUUUAUUGAGGUUUUUUACUUGAUGCUUCAUCCACGUGUUUAUUUGUUCUGGUUACCUGUCUGGGUUGGAAGAUGGAGCGCUGUGCUGUGUAGAAUUACUUAAUUUAAAAUAAGGAAUCAUGUUGUGUGUUCUUGAUCAUAAUGUGGAGAUUUUACAGCUGAAGAUCUUGUAUUGACGUUGAGUUUGAUGAAUCCUGCGAUCGGUCUGGUAGAGUUUGAAGUGUCGCAUCAUACCAGAGGUUUAAGGAGAAAAUCGAGACCAGACGUCUGCACACGUUACUGUAUAUUUACUGAUUUACCAGGAAUAAAUGCACAACAGCUACUGGUGUUAGGCCUGAGCUGGAACCGUAGGCCAGUUCUCCGACUGGUACCAGAAAGACACUCGGCAUUGACGGUCUGAUCAGAGGGGAACAUGGAAUACGAAGCUGUACGUUUAAAAGUAAUAAUGUCACGCCCACAAUCACUGAUUAUAACGUGUGACCUCACACCCCACAGGUCACUGCUGCACUUCUCUGCUCCUGACAUGUAGUGAAGCCCAAAUUGAAAGCUGCACCAUGUUCCUCCUACACCAUCGAGUUUGCUUCUUCAGUGCAGUGCUGAAGCUACAAGGCUAACGUAGAUCAAGCUAGCGCUAAUCCAGUGACCCAGCUGAAACUGGAUGCUAACAGCUAGGUUAGCCCUGCAGCUCCAGCUCGGCGCGCUGGCCUGAGAGGAACAUGGCGAGGUUUAAACUGUGGUCGAGCUCCAGGAUUGUGCUUGUACGUUCCUCACGCUGUUCUUCUUUUGUUAAGGAGAAGAAAGAAGUCAGAAGAGAAGAGAAGUCAGAUGAAGUGUUUAAUGACGGUUUAAACAGAUUACUGCAUGCUAAUGCUAACCCGGUGCUGCUGCUGGGUGUGUAGCGUUUAUGGGCAGAAGGGACUGAAUGAGUGAAUGAGGGAAGAUUAAAGGAAAUGAAAAAGGAAGAAAGAAGAACACAGGGGGUUGAAGUAAUGAAGUUAAGAUGAUGAAGUUGUCGGCGCUCAGUAAAUAUGAUCCAGUCGCGCUCCGGCUCGAGGACUCCUCACGGUUCUCACAAGUCCAGGAGCCGAUCGCCUGCUCACUCCAAACGGGACUCGCGCUCCAGAUCCCGCUCGCGCUCCCGCUCCAGAUCAGGCUCUCGUUCUCAUCGCAGUUCUCGCAGACACUACACUCGCUCCCGCUCUCGCUCUCGGCGCCGUCGUUCCCACAGCCGCUCCUACAGCGGCGAUUCCAGGCGCAGACGGAGCCCCUCACACUCGCCCAUGAGCAACCGCAGGAGGCAUGUCGGGAACCGGACGAAUCCUGACCCCAACUUGUGUUUAGGAGUGUUUGGGCUGAGUCUUUACACCACAGAGCGGGAUCUAAGAGAGGUCUUCUCCAAAUACGGCCCUCUCGCUGACGUCUGCAUCGUGUACGACCAGCAGUCCCGCCGCUCGCGAGGGUUCGCCUUCGUCUACUUCGAAAAUAGAGAGGAUGCAGAGGAGGCUAAAGAGAGAGCGAACGGGAUGGAGCUGGAUGGACGCAGGAUCAGAGUGGAUUUCUCCAUCACUAAGAGACCCCACACCCCCACACCGGGGAUCUACAUGGGCCGGCCCACAUACGGAGGCGGCGGUGGUGGAGGUGGUGGAGGUGGAGGAGGUGGUGGAGGUCCCAGCAUGAGCCGACGCCGUGAUUAUUACGAUCGAGGUUACGACAGAGGGUACGAUCGCUAUGACGACCGAGACUGUUACAGUAGAUCAUACAGGAGAAGAUCUCCAUCUCCAUACUGCAGUCGGGGUGGAUAUCGCUCUCGCUCACGAUCUCGUUCAUACUCUCCCCGUCAUUACUGAAUGCUUCGGCUGUGGAGACUCUGAUGAUGAUUAUUAUGACGAAUGUUUUCAUUUAUUUUGUAUUUAAUUUGUAGUUCAGACAGAUGUGCUGUUUUCUGUAGAUGUGUGUGUGUGUGUGUGUGUGUGUGUGUGUGUGUGUGUGUGUGUGUGAUACACACCAGCCUAAUUUUGGAAGAAAAAAAAAAGAAUCAGCAUAAAUCACCUGUGUGUGUGUGUGUGUGUGUGUGUGUGUGUGUGUGUUUUGUAAUGUUAAUAUUUCUUCUCCAAUAAACCAGUUUAAACUCCUCAA